AUGGAUUCAUGGCGAUUAUUGGAAAUAGCUGUUCUUUCAUUAAUUAUAGAUAGCCAAUUAGACUCAGUUUAUGGAACACUAUGGUCAGAAUGGUGGACGUACAGUGGUGUGUCAGGUGCUGAAUAUUGGGGAAAGGCUAAUAAAGCUUGGAUUAUCUGUAGCAAAGGAAAGUACCAGUCACCUAUUAACAUCGACCCAAAAAGCUUGGUUCAUGACCCAAACCUAAAACGAUUGAAUGUAAGCCAGAAUAAGGUUAAAGGCAUUUUAUUGAAUACAGGCAGAGAUCUAAAAGUUGUAGUUAAAAACACAGAUGAGAAGCCUUUCAUCUUUACAGGUGGACCUUUGUCUUAUGAAUAUACUUUAUUUGAAAUAAAAAUACAUUUCGGCGAUAAUAACACCAGAGGAUCUGAACAUAGUAUUGGUGGUAAAAAGUUUCCUUUGGAGAUCCAGCUGUAUGGUUAUAAUGCAGAAAUCCACAAAAACAGCACUCAAGCAUUAAACUCGCCAAAUGGUAUCGCUGCUAUUUCUAUUUUAGCUCUGCUCAGCGAAGAGGACAACAUUAAUUUUGAUGCUUUGAUACAAUCGCUCGACAAAGUUCAUUUCAAAGGAUCAUCAAUCGCGAUAGAUGGAUUUUCUGUGAACGCUAUUUUGCCACCCCUUGAUUAUUUUGUAACAUACGAGGGUUCGUUGACACAACCAGGAUGUAUGGAAACCGUGACAUGGAUUAUAUUGAACAAACCACUGCAUAUAUCAUUUUCUCAGUUACGAUCUCUCCGGAUUCUGAAUACUUCAAAUGGUAGUCAACACCCACUAUCAACAAACAACUUCAGAAGCAUAACAUCUGGUCACGGUCGAUUGAUUAGAACAAACAUCAAAUCAAAAGUAAAGGAUGAUGAUUGUUACACCAUGAAAUUGACAUCGUACGAAGUAAAUAAACAGUUUAAACAAGAAAGUCCAAAGUGAAGAGAACCUUUUCAGAAUAAGAAGAGAAGUCUUCCAAAGAUAAACUCGUGUCUUCCAGGUUAUUCAUUAAUUUAUUGAAGUGCCUAUAUUAUUUCCCAGUGCUUUGUGUCCUUGUGUACGUUGCUACUAAUUAGGAUCAAUGGAGGCUACCCUGAUACUUAUGAAGUUAUCACUAUUAUUACGUAUGGUGUAAAUGUACUAGUCGUGCGAGGUUUAAACAAUACAAAUCAAUAAUUCACAUGUGCAUAUAUAGUCGAUAGUGUAUUGUCUUUCUACUAUCCAGAAUGCGAUAUUGCAAUUUAAAACUGCUUGUGACACAUUUAACACCAUGAACAAAUUUCAUCUGAUGUUAAUAUUGUAUAUGCAAUCAUUACGUUAUACUGAUCUGCAAACAUAGGCUGUAUAUGAUAUAUUUCUGUGUAAAAGUAUAGUGGUUUAUAUUAAUAUGAAAUGAUUUGCUGUAAGCCGACAAUUUUUUAUACAGAAUGUCAGGCGAUCUAUCUAGGUAUACCAUUGUUAUGAUUAAGAUGCUUACCAUAGACAUUGACAGUGAUUGUUAUCUAAAAAAUAAUAUUUCCUCCUCCAGAGACGUAUAAAGUCACAUUAUUCCUAACAUUUUGCUAGUUUCAUUGUGCUGCGUUAUAUCAUUUUCAGACAAAUGUCCUAUAACGCGAGGAAAUGCAUUAUCGUUCCACAAUAAAUGUCAUACUAUACAACAGUUUGGAAUUGAUUAUCACAAAUAAUAACAGUUAUUAAAGGGAUUGAAUAUAUCAAGGAGUCUCUCUGUCAUUUGUCAUCCAAUAUGUAAAAUUAAUAAUACAAUGUUACAAAGUUCAUCAAUAAUAAAUUUAAAAAUGCCUAGCA